AUGCGCAGGUCUAGCACCGAUGAAUCGACCUAUCACAGGAGUCCUUCUUUGGACAGCAAGGAUUACAGUUUUCCAAAUGGCGCCUUCCGUCGCUACAGCAGCAUGUAUGGCGGCCAGUUUGGGGCCGCCAGCAACUCAUUUUUUGGAUUCCACACCAACCCGGGCCCUAAAGCCACCAAGGCUAAGUACACAUCCCCCAAGGGGAACAAGUACGUUGUCUUUUACCUGGAUCUCUCGUUUAUUUUUCUCCUAGAGCUGAAGAGGUGCAGCAUGGCUCACAACUGCCUGCAGUGCAUCAAGUACCUAAUGUUUGUCUUCAACCUUCUCUUCUGGCUGGGAGGCUGCGGGAUCCUUGGAGUUGGCAUCUGGCUGGCUGUUACCCAAGGGAACUUUGCUACCCUCUCCUCUUCUUUCCCAUCCCUGUCGGCUGCCAACCUGCUGAUUGUCACAGGGACUUUUGUCAUGAUCAUCGGCUUCGUCGGCUGUAUAGGUGCCAUCAAAGAAAACAAGGGCCUCCUGCUGAGUUUUUUUAUCAUGCUGUUAAUUAUAUUCCUGCUGGAGCUCACCAUCGUGAUUCUGUUCUUCGUCUACACCGACAAGAUUGAUAAGUAUGCUCAGCAGGAUCUGAAAAAAGGGCUUCAUUUGUAUGGGACAGAUGGAAAUAUUGGCCUAACUAAUGCAUGGAGCAUCAUUCAAACAGAUUUCAGAUGCUGUGGGGUCUCAAACUACACCGACUGGUUUGAAGUGUACAAUACUACACGGGUGCCAGACUCGUGCUGCUUGGAAUUCAGCGAGAAUUGUGGACUCCACUCGCCGGGGACCUGGUGGAAAGCUCCUUGUUAUGAGACAGUGAAAAUAUGGCUCCAGGAAAACCUGCUAGCAGUGGGGAUCUUUGCCCUGUGCACAGCUUUGGUUCAGAUUCUUGGACUGACCUUUGCAAUGACCAUGUAUUGCCAGGUAGUCAAGGCAGACACCUACUGUGCAUAGAAACCAUCUCAAGCCUCUAUGCUUCUCCUCAAAAGGACAUAGGAGAAAGCUCCUUCAUGUUCAUUCAUCUGAUCUUUUUUCUAUGUAAGAUAAACUGUGUAUAAUCCUAUAUCUCUGAAGAUUUUGUAAAUGACCCUAGUUUAUUGAGGGAGGAAAAAAGGGAUGGGGGGGGGGGGGAAGCCAAGGGAAGAUCAGUACUUGGAUUGGCAUAGGCAGGAGGAGGAAGUAUUGUCUGUAGAAAAAAAGAAUGCUCCAACAUGACAGAAGAAAACAGUUCCGUUUGCAUGGACUGUGGCAAGACUGAAGAUGCUGCUUAAGAGGAGCUGGUCUGCAAACCAGUGCUAGCAUAGUCAUCAGACACUGAAAAGAGCUCCAGGAAUCCAGAAAGGUUUCCUUCCAGAAUAUAUUAUGGGCUGAUGUGUGUGGGGGGUGGGGGAGGAGUGGAAAGUUAACUAUCCUUCAGUAUUGAAAAAAGAAGGCGUGGAAUAGCUAAUAUUGAUGGAACUGUCAUUUUACUA